AUGCGUUACUUGGCUGCGUUUCUUCUCUGUCAGUUAGGUGGUAAGGAGAAACCUACUGAAAAUGAUAUCAAAACUGUCCUAAAUUCUGUUGGCAUUGAACAUGAUUCUGAGAGACUCGAAAAACUGUUGUCUUCGAUAUCUGGCAAAGAUAUACCACAACUAAUUGCUGAAGGAUCUACGAAGUUAUCCUCCAUACCAUCAUCCGGUGCUGUUGUCUCUUCUGCACCUGCUGCGGCAGCAUCAAGUAAGACUGAAGCCCCGCAAGAAGUCAAGCCAGCAAAGGUGGAGGUCAAAGAAGAGUCCGAAUCAGACGAAGAUAUGGGCUUUGGGCUAUUUGAUUAG